CUUUAUUUGAAUGUUACAUGAUUUAAAUAUUAUUUUAAAAUGAACAAAAUUUAACUUACCUAAAAAUUGGCAGUUUUGGCAAUCCGUUUCCUCAAUUUCAGUCCCCAGAUUUGAUAUGAGCUGUGUUAAUUACCAUUAUCAUUGCUGCCAAAGACUUUUCCAAAUGUCUCUUUUUCACAAAAGGUUUUUUGAGACAUUUUAUGCAUCCUGACAGGUUGCUAAGAUCAUGACCAUGGUCAAAGUGGUCAGUUUGAGGAGUUGUAAAUGUUGACUGAAGGGGUGGCCCUGGAUGUAGGGACUUUAUCUAAGUAUGACAGGUAUUCGUCUGUUGUUCUUUCAACAUUAAUGUAAAAUAAAGUUGAGCAACAAAGAUGUACUAGUAGGUCUAAAUGUUCUAACAAACUGGCAGACAGAGGUUUCUUACUACCUAAGUGACUAGGGUAUUAGGAUUAAAAGGUGAUAUUACAUUAUUUCAUGUUUUAUUAAAAUGGCCAUGUCUCCAAAUAUGAGAAUGACAACAGGUGUUUCAGAGCAGUCAGUUAUGAUUACGAGGUCUCUGUGAUCUCCACAGGUGACAGUCUCACUCAUCACCUGCAUGCUUGGACUAUAAAUAUUUGUACCAGCAUUUGAAGAACUGUUGAUUUAGCUCCACUCAGAUUUUUCUGGAUAAAUGAUAAACAAGGACAUGACAAGAAUUGUCUAGGAGAAGAAACAAUAGAUAGACAGCUCCUUCUUCCUCUUUGGAAUCCACAGAAAACUUCAGAAUGACUCGUCCAAACUUUUUCAAGCAGUUAUGGUGGUUCCGUAGUUCUCUGUUCCUGUUCCUCACUCCAGUUGUGCUCCUUCCACUUCCUAUUGUGGUAGCCGUACAAUAUCCAGAGCGAUGGCGUGAAGCCAACUGUGCAUAUGCGUUGCUGAUAAUGGCGGUGUACUGGGUGACAGAAGUGAUCCCAUUGGCUGUCACUGCUCUUCUCCCAGUGGUUCUGAUGCCAUUGCUAGGUGUGAUGAAGUCAGAGCCACUCUGCAAAAAUUAUUUAAAGGACACCAACAUGUUAUUUGUUGGAGGUCUUAUAGUUGCAGUGGCAGUUGAAAAGUGGAACCUCCACAAAAGAAUUGCUCUUCGAGUCUUGAUGAUGGUGGGAACUUCACCAAGAUGGUUGAUGUUGGGUUUUAUGCUUCCAACCUGGUUUUUGUCCAUGUGGAUCAGCAACACAGCCACCACUGCCAUGAUGGUGCCCAUUGUACAGGCAGUUCUAGAUCAACUGAAAGAACAUUCCUAUGGGAGAAUAGAAAUUGCAGAGGAAAAUGGUGGCAUAAGUAACCCUGCCAUGGAUAAAGAUGAUGUUGAAGAAGAAAAGACUGAAAAGGAUGGGGAGGUAGAAGAGAGAGCAUUCACAGCUGAUGGUCCAGAGGACAGAAAGCAAGACCCUGAAGUAGAGGCAGCAUACAAGAAGCUGUGUAAAUGUCUGUGUCUGUGUGUGUGUUACUCUGCCACCAUGGGGGGUAUUGCCACACUCACUGGGACAGGACCUAACCUAGUCAUGAAAGGACAGGUGGACAUAUUGUUUACAAGGUAUGAAGAACAGCCAGGUGUUCCAGGUGUAAACUUUAGCUCUUGGAUAGUGUUUAGUUUCCCUGCCUCAGUGCUGGGUCUGCUACUGGCCUGGUGUUGGCUACAACUUAUGUUCCUGGGAUGUUGCAAGCCAGCAGGUCUAGAAGAUAGGGUAAGGGUGAAAAGUAUCAUCCGGCGGGAAUAUGCCAAACUUGGACCAAUAUCGUUUCCAGAAGUGGUGGUUCUGGUUCACUUCUCCCUCCUGGCUCUCCUGUGGCUCCUGAGGCAGCCAGGGUUUAUGAAAGGAUGGGGGGAUUUGUUCACAGAAGGCUAUGUGUCUGGCUCAACUCCUGCCAUAGCUAUUGCUGUCUUACUGUUUGCGAUGCCCAGUAGGAAGCCAACUUUAUAUACCAAAGAUGACCUAUCUGACCCUGCACCAGCGCCCCCUAUACUCACGUGGCCUGCAGUACAUGAGAAGUUGCCGUGGAGUGUAGUUCUUCUGCUAGGUGGAGGUUUUGCUCUGGCAGAUGCUGCUAAGGUGUCAGGUCUGUCUUCACUGAUAGGAGACACUUUGACUGUGCUGAAAGGCAUCCAUCCCAUACUUUUGGUGCUCAUUAUUUGCACAGUGGUUGCUGCGGCAACAGAGGUCACCAGUAAUGUUGCCACGGCAACACUUACUAUUCCAAUCAUUGGAGAGUUGGCCAUUGCUAUAGGAGUUCACCCCUUGUACCUAAUCUUCCCAGCCUCACUGGCUACCUCCUUUGCCUUCAUGUUACCUGUGGCCACGCCCCCCAAUGCCAUUGUGUUUGCCUAUGGGCAUCUCCAGGUGAAAGACAUGGUAAGACCACCUCCUUUGCCUUCAUGUUACCUGUGGCCAUGCCCCCCAAUGCCAUUGUGUUUGCCUAUGGGCAUCUCCAGGUGAAAGACAUGGUAAGACCACCUCCUUUGCCUUCAUGUUACCUGUGGCCAUGCCCCCCAAUGCCAUUGUGUUUGCCUAUGGGCAUCUCCAGGUGAAAGACAUGGUAAGACCACCUCCUUUGCCUUCAUGUUACCUGUGGCCAUGCCCCCCAAUGCCAUUGUGUUUGCCUAUGGGCAUCUCCAGGUGAAAGACAUGGUAAGACCACCUCCUUUGCCUUCAUGUUACCUGUGGCCAUGCCCCCCAAUGCCAUUGUGUUUGCCUAUGGGCAUCUCCAGGUGAAAGACAUGGUAAGACCACCUCCUUUGCCUUCAUGUUACCUGUGGCCAUGCCCCCCAAUGCCAUUGUGUUUGCCUAUGGGCAUCUCCAGGUGAAAGACAUGGUAAGACCACCUCCUUUGCCUUCAUGUUACCUGUGGCCAUGCCCCCCAAUGCCAUUGUGUUUGCCUAUGGGCAUCUCCAGGUGAAAGACAUGGUAAGACCACCUCCUUUGCCUUCAUGUUACCUGUGGCCAUGCCCCCCAAUGCCAUUGUGUUUGCCUAUGGGCAUCUCCAGGUGAAAGACAUGGUAAGACCACCUCCUUUGCCUUCAUGUUACCUGUGGCCAUGCCCCCCAAUGCCAUUGUGUUUGCCUAUGGGCAUCUCCAGGUGAAAGACAUGGUAAGACCACCUCCUUUGCCUUCAUGUUACCUGUGGCCAUGCCCCCCAAUGCCAUUGUGUUUGCCUAUGGGCAUCUCCAGGUGAAAGACAUGGUAAGACCACCUCCUUUGCCUUCAUGUUACCUGUGGCCAUGCCCCCCAAUGCCAUUGUGUUUGCCUAUGGGCAUCUCCAGGUGAAAGACAUGGUAAGACCACCUCCUUUGCCUUCAUGUUACCUGUGGCCAUGCCCCCCAAUGCCAUUGUGUUUGCCUAUGGGCAUCUCCAGGUGAAAGACAUG